CCGGUCUGUGUCGCGCGGUGACCCGGAGAGAGAAGAAGACCCGUCCCCGGGUUUGGAAGUGUUGGGAGUUAUUUUGUUGUUUAUGGACAGUUUUUUACUCUUUUUGAGAGAUUUAUCUUUAUUUCUGAUGUUUAUUCCUGUUUUAGUUUUAUAAAUGAAGAUCAGAGAGAUCUCAGAAAGCUCCAGGUCUUAAUGAACCCCGGGUUUAAGUGGUGAUCGAUUUGCCAGAGUGAAAUCAUGACCCUCGCCCCCAAAGAGCUGUCCAACCUGCUGGGCAUCAUCUCGGAGGAGGCGUGUGGAAACACCUUCGAGAGCCUCUCUAAUGCCUUCCAUCACUGCUUCGGGAAGGCUGAGCACUUCCGGGUCGGCUCGGUUCUGGUGAUGCUGCUCCAGCAGCCAGAUCUGCUGCCCAGUUCUCCUCAGCGUCUCACUGCUCUGUACCUGCUGUGGGAGAUGUACCGCACCGAGCCACUCGCUGCGAACCCGUUUGCUGCGGUCUUUGCUCAUCUUCUUAAUCCAUCUGUUUCUGGUGAGGAGCAGGAGAAACCUCUGUCAGGUUUCCUCCCACCCAUCACACUGCCGGAGAAGUUUUUCCUGUCUCAGCUGAUGCUCGCUCCUCCGCGGGAACUGUUUAAGAAGACGCCGCGGCAGGUUUCCUGCAUGGACGUGGGCACGGCACCUCAGGCCAUCGACAUUAGCGGCCUGCAGCUCGCUCUCGCUGAGCGCCAGUCUGAGCUUCCUACUCAGAGUAAAGCCAGUUUUCCCAGCCUGCUCAGCGACCCUGACCCCGACUCCUCCAACUCUGGCUUUGACAGCUCUGUGGCCAAUCAGAUUAUAGAGUCUCUGGUCACUGGACCACGCCCUCCACUGGAGAGUCACUUUCGUCCCGAGUUCAUCCGGCCGGCUCCUCCGCUGCUGGUGUGCGAGGACGAGCUGGCGUGGCUGAACCCGUGCGAGCCGGAGCACCGCGUGCAGUGGGACCGAUCCAUGUGUGUGCGGAACGGCACGGGCGUGGAGAUCAAGCGCAUCAUGGCCAAAGCUUUUAAAAGCCCUCUGUCUGCAGCACAGCAAACGCAGCUGCUGGGUGAACUGGAGAAGGACCCGAAGCUGGUGUACCACAUCGGGCUAACUCCGGCUAAACUGCCUGAUCUGGUGGAGAACAAUCCUCUGGUUGCUAUUGAGAUGCUGCUGAAGCUCAUGUCCUCCAGUCAGAUCACAGAGUAUUUCUCAGUUCUGGUCAACAUGGACAUGUCCCUACACUCCAUGGAGGUGGUCAACAGGUUAACCACAGCAGUGGAUCUCCCACCUGAGUUCAUCCACCUGUACAUCUCCAACUGCAUCUCCACCUGUGAGCAGAUCAAGGACAAGUACAUGCAGAAUCGUCUGGUGCGGUUGGUGUGUGUGUUCCUGCAGUCUCUGAUCAGGAAUAAGAUCAUUAAUGUUCAGGAUCUGUUUAUCGAGGUUCAGGCGUUCUGUAUCGAGUUCAGUCGGAUCCGAGAAGCUGCCGGACUCUUCCGUCUCCUCAAAACCCUGGAUAACGGAGAGACCCCCGCAGAAACCAAACCCACCAAAUAGUGACUCUUCCAGAUUUACAGACUCUCGCUGAAGCUGAAGCAGCGGCGCUCUGGACCUGAAUCUUUCAGUGGCCACAUGUUUAAUAUUAUCUGUGUUAAAUUUUUGGGUCCUUCCUGCGAUUUUUAUGUUUUUGUUUGUUUGAGAAGAGCAGCUGAAGAUGUAAUAAAGACCGGACCAGCAGAGAUGAUCUAAACUCACUCUGAACAGACUUUAAAAGCUGUGACUGUAUGAUCCUCUGUCUUCUGAAAGAUCUGGACUGAUUAACCUCUUCAUUUCAGGAAACUGAUUUUCCAUUUAAACCUGCAUAAAGAAUUAUGUUCCAGACAAAACAUAAAGAUGUCUCAGUUUUUCCCCUCAUACUCUGAACUCUGUUUCUCUCAGAGCGUUUCUGAAGGUAAUAGACCCUUUUCUUAAAGGGAUGUUAUGUGUUAUAAUCUUUAUUAUAAAAGCAUCCACCUGCAAUGACCUCUGUCUAAAAUUGAAUAAUAAAAAAGAAAACAGAA